GGCUCCCUUGAGAUGCUGGACAUCCAGGUGGGGCUGGUAGACUGGAAUCUGUGCCUGCGGUGGCUGCAUUCCCUCACCAGGAACAUGGUGUGUGCUGGAUACGAGGAGGGCGGCCGGGAUGCCUGCCAGGGGGACAGCGGGGGCCCCCUGAUGUGCCUCCCCCCCAGCCACAGCGGGCACGGCACUCCCCGGCGCUGGUACCAAGUGGGCAUCGUCAGUUGGGGCCGCAGCUGCGCCGCCCCCCGCAGCCCCGGCGUCUACACCCAGGUCUCCAACUUCCACUCCUGGCUGGAGCAGACCUCGGCGCACGACGGGCGGCCCUUCCGGGUGCCCCAGAUCCCCGCCAGCCUCCCCCUCCAGCACCCGAAGCAGGACGACCUCUGGGCUGAUCUGGAGAGCGGAGGGGGGCCCGGGGCCCCCCCAGCCGGGCUCUGCUCGGCCACCCUGGCGGUGGUGCUGUCGGCCCUGGGCUGA